GGGAUAUAUGGGACGGCCGCGGUGUUGUGUGCACGUUUACGUAAACACGUACGCCCUUCGCCUGCGAAAGAGAAGCCUUUCUUUUCCCCCGUUGCUGGUAGUGUUGUUUGUUUACAUGGUGUAGUUUUUCGGCCUGCAGCACCGGCCUGGCGCUUAUGUCACACCGAGGCAGUGUGUUGUGUCGUCGUCGUCGUCGGGCUGUGAGAACGUGAACCACGCAAUUGGGCUGACGGUGUGUGAAAAUAGACUCGGCGUGCUAUUUAUAGCGAAGCACAUGGUGUAGAUUGUUUUUGGUACCGACGUAGGCGGCGUGUGCUGUUGUCGCUGCUGCUGUUGUUGUGGUUCGUUGUGUGUUUUGUAGCAAUUGCGACCAAUCAAACAGUCACGAGCAGUAAUCCUACGCCAUCGGAAGUGUGCGAGUGCGAACAGAAAAGGGUGCAAAGAUGGCGCAGCCUUGAACGGCGGGUGUAGGUGACGAAAAGAGGGGGUGAACAUAUUACCGCACGCCGUUUACUGAAGGACAUCUUCCCUUUACCCCCGACACCGACCCCACUGAUGAUGAUGAUGAUGAUGAUGAUAGUAGCCGUGUAAAGGCACUUUCUUAAGCGACAUUGUAGACAUUGUAGCGGCGAGCAAGUCGAGAAAGAGAAGGAGAAUAAGACCAAAAAAAGCUCAUCACACCCUAAACACUCACUCAAAUCGAUGAUAUGCAGGAAAGUGGAGCCGCGUGGAUGGGUGGCAGUGGCAGCCGAGCGACGAUCGCGCACAACAGCCCGAGCGCACCCUUCAAACGGUGAGUCUCGAUAAGCGUGAAGGCAAAACAAAGCGCAAUACCGUCCACCAACACCACCAACGGUAAUCCCGAACGAAAACGAAAACGGAAACGACCCACACGUGAAGCGCGUAAAUUCGGUCAACGCUCAUCCCGUGGAAUGGAAGGGUCGGCGAGGUGGUCGCUACGGUUCCCUCUGUUUUGUUGGCGUCCCUGCUACAUACGAAAGUUCGGCGGCUCAGGUGACGCCGGCGACGGUGGCUCACAGUGAUGACGCGGUCGAUGGACAAUAACACAGCAGUGGCAGUGUAUCUAAAUUCUAACCUCGCAAGCGAACUACGACCACCGCGCACGGACUGUGACCGACAGAGAGCACACAACCGAGGCGAACGUGAAAAACAAGGUGCUCAGAUGGUGAUAUAACAGCUUCGAUUUUGGUGUGUGAAAAUUCGGCCUUGGUGUUCCCGAUCCAACCGCGUCCGGAAUUUGGAGUGUGUACUUGUAUGUGUGCGUGCAUGUGCGAGUGUGUGUGUGUGUUUGACGGUGCUUAGAUAGAUUGUAGCGAGGAGGAAGGCCACAAGGUGCGUGUACGCAACAGUUGGACGUUUAUUUGUGCGUUUGCAGGCGUGAAAGAGCAAAAAAAACAGUCCAUAACGUCUAAUCGGGUGUAGGCAUCAUUUUGAAAUGUGUCCUUGGUUCGAUUGAACUUUUGUUUUCGACGAUUGAGUGCUGCCCCCUUCCCUCUGUGGCUUGUUGCUCCACUGUGACAAAAACGCGAACGAAAACAGGCAAAAGAAGAAGCAGAGAGAAAGAGAGAGGCAAAACAGAAUGGAUCGCGAAAAGAACGACACCUCAUCGAACUCGGGCAUCGCAGGAGGCUUUGCCGGGUGCAUCACGCGCUUCAUCUGCCAGCCACUGGAUGUGUUGAAGAUCCGGUUCCAGCUGCAGGUGGAGCCGCUGAGCGAGCAGCACGUCACGUCCAAGUACCGCACGAUCGUGCAGUCGACCCGCCUGGUGUACCGGGAGGAAGGGCUGCGGGCGUUCUGGAAGGGCCACAAUCCGGCCCAGGUCCUAUCGAUCAUUUACGGCGUGGCGCAGUUCUCCUCGUACGAGCGGUUCAACCAUCUGCUGCGCACGGUGGACACGUUCGAGCGGCACCAGAGCGGCCGGAACUUUGUGUGCGGUGCGCUGAGCGGCACGUUCGCAACCGUCAUCACGCUGCCGCUGGACGUGGUGCGCACGCGGCUCAUCUCGCAGGAUCCGGGCCGGGGGUACCGCAGCUCGGUGCAGGGCCUGAAGCUCAUCUACCGGCACGAGGGCGUGCGCGGGCUGUACCGGGGGCUCGGCCCGAGCGUGCUGCAGAUCGCGCCGCUCACCGGCGGCCAGUUCAUGUUUUACAACAUCUUCGGCAGCAUGUUCCGGCAGUACUUCAACAUUAGCGCGAGCGAGACGCUGCCGGCGAUCGAGCUGUUCAUCUGCGGCGGGAUGGCCGGCCUCUGCACCAAGCUGCUGGUGUACCCGCUCGAUCUCGCCAAGAAGCGGCUGCAGAUACAGGGCUUCGCCAAGAGCCGCCAGACGUACGGGCGGCACUUUGUGUGUGAUAACAUGUUCAACUGUCUGUACAACAUCGCCAAGCAGGAGGGCGCGAUAGGGCUGUACAAGGGGCUGUAUCCGGCGCUGCUGAAGGCGUGCUUCAUGUCCGCGUUCUACUUCGCGAUCUACGACGAGAUGGUGCUCAUCCUGAACCACUGAUAUUAGGCGUUCACCCGUGUGUGGACCUCACAUCGCGGGCGGCUGCCGGUGUACUACUGUAGACGAGAUUGUCACGACGUUGUCUUCAUUUUCCAACCCACCACACUCCCCCCAUCCAUUCAUCUGGAGGUCCGGCAUGGAACUCCAAUGGAUCAUCCACCCCACGAGGACUUGUCUUCCAGUGUCUCUCAGCAAGUGCUUAAAUGCGUUCAAUGACAGCUCAAAAACGAGUCGGAAAGAAAUGUAGAGAACGCUUUGCAUGCAUCGUGUGCGCGUACAUCCGUAUUUGUAGUGUUAGUACCCCCAUCCCAACACCCAGUUGCAACAGCUUCGCGCCCAGCGUCGGUUAGAGACAAAUUGAAAAAAAAAGAAAGUUCCUUUCAACGACGGAGAGAAGACGGAAACAGAAAACAGUUUACCAUGUUGGGUUUGCUAUUGUAUUCGAAUAAUGCAAUAUUAUGCUUCAUCACGACCAUAUUAUACGGGAUUACUUAUAGCUUAGUUAGAUGGUAAGAAAAAGGAUUAGGUAUCCGCGCGGAUUUGCACACCAUACACGUAAAUUGGCAAAACACGCAGCAUGACAGAGGAAGAGGAUCGGUAUUUUUUGCGAAAUUCACACGCGCCUACAAUAAUAUGGCACUGGCACUGAACUCAUGUACUUACACUUCUGUAUUGUCAGACUAUCGAGAUUGUUUUUAGUUCCUAAUGCGACAGCGGUAAUUGAUGAUGUGUGACAAUUUUGUUCUGUUAGACAUUAGACACUAUCCUUAGUUGCGUUUAGCGCACUGUGGAGACGCAACCGAACUCAGGAAAGACGUUUACGUUACGGAUUUAGAUGUUUUAGUGCUGUUCUUGUGUAAGAGUAAACCGAGACACAACCACACAUACUCACUCACACACAACGCCAACGACUGCUCAAGAGAACGCAGGCAGUGCGGCUCCGAAUGCGCCAUUCGAUUGUUUAAAUGCAAUUUCUUGUUUUCCUUGGUUUUGCUUAACAAUAUUGUAUUACGUUUCACUGCAUAAAGUCAAGUUCAGGGUCAUCCAAUCGGGUAGUGCACGCGGGUAAACCACCAUCAUCAAGGAACCACUCUUCUGUAAUGUAGUUUAGUAGCGCAAAGUUAUGAUUUCGGUGCGUGUUUGUUGCACGUGCGCGAUCGCUUAAUGUCUGAGGGUAAGAUCGCUGAAAUAUGGAGGCACGAGAUAGUAGAUAAGUAUUUAAUAACGAUUAUACAUAAGCUUCAGCGAAAUGGCGAACCGUAGGCGAAAGCGAAGUAAUGCGAAAAACGUAAAGUGAUGGCAGAAAAAAUAGGCAGAAUAUGUAGAAGUGUAUGUAGAAGUUAUCAAUGCAGUGACAAUCAAGACUAAUACAAGCUAAAUACGAAAAAAAACACCCCUCGUGGAGAGAGAGCGGUCCGAACGACAAUAAAGAAGGGUGUAGAGGCAAUGUGCGGUAAAUAAUGCAAUUUUGAACUAAUCCACAAACGGGGUGCAGACAUUGCCCCUUUAUCCAAACAGUGGAACCACUCUAACAGUCAAUUUGGUUGCGUUUGCGUCUCGCGAGUUAUGUAGUGAUUACCAUAUGCUGCACAAACACUUCACCGUAGCUGCAAAAUAUGUACAUUAACGAAUAAAAG